CCAAAUAUCAGUUGUUUACCUUCUACCGCAGGAAGCGACCACUGUUGAGUGCUGGACAUUGUCAUAAAUUUGUAUCUAGUUUUUUUCUCCAAAAUGUCAGAUUCAGAAGAAGACAUUAUUGAAGGCUCUGGCGAUGAGGGGGAGGCGAUGACAGCAUCAGAGGUUUUACAGAAAUUGGAGGAGGCAUGGAUUACUGAGCGGAUUUCACCUACCCUGGAACGUCAUCAGAGCGAACUGGUGGAUUGUAUGCUUGACCAGAUCAAUCAAAUGACUGAAAACCUAAAACGAUGCAAGAAGCAUGACUUUCGAUUAGCUAUUCACAAAAUGGAGAUAGAUCGAAUAAGAUAUAUAAUAAGCAGCUACCUUCGUGUCAGACUUGAAAAAAUUGAAAGAUUUGCUCAUUAUCUGCUGGAGAAGGAAGCCAACACCACAGAGGAGAGCCUGGCAGUCCUCUCACCACAUGAAGUUGCUUAUGCCCGAGACUAUAUAUCAAGUCUUGAAUCGCACUUCCAGUCCCUCGUGUUACAACAUGUACCAGAGAACCUUCGAACUUUUGAUGCUGCCAAGAUGAGUGUAAAGCCCAAUAUGGACAGCUACAUCUUCCUCAGAGCCAAACAGGAGACUCAAGGAGUGUUACUUGAAGACGAGACUGGAGAAGGAAGAGAUGAGGAGGUAGACUUAGAAGAAGGCAGUCAACAUCUGAUGCGCUACAAACCUAUCAGCCACUUACUACACUCUGGUGCUGUCACCCUUAUCUAAGUUCAGCUGUGGUUGCAAUAUUUCUUGGAGUUGUUUUGUGGUCCACACAUCUUGGCAAACUGUAUUUGAAGAUCAUUAUGUACAUAUGUACUAUUGUAAAGUAUUCAAGUGCUGCAUUCAUUGUCUUUGUAAAUGUAUAUGUCCAUUCUCAUAGUUACAGUAUAUGUAGUGUAUUAGUGAUGUAUCUGAUGUUAGACAUCUGCAGAUGUUAAACUUUGACAUCUGUGCGAAUGCAGAUGUUUAUGCAUAAAUGUCUAAGGUGAUAAUAUAAUGAUUAAAAUUCAUAUUUAAUUAAAUAAUUGACUUUUGAUUAUAAAUAUUAAGUAUCCAUUUAAAACUGGCCCAUUUUCUCACAAGUUAAUUCAUUUUAUUUUGUAAUAAUCACUUGCAUGCAUGCUUAUCUUUUUGGACAACUUUUCCCCAUACGACUGUGUGUUACCAGGAUGUGGGACAGGGAUCCAACUCUUCUUGCAGUCCCCAACCUCCACCCAUUGGAAAGUAAUAAACUUAAGUCAAUGCCACAGUUACAUUAAAGAUCAAGUGAAUAGCUGCUGAAGUCUCAGUAUUUGAAUUGAACGAGUAGCAAAUUAUGCUUAAAAAAAAAAAGGUGUUUUCUGCUUUGUCUUCUUGUAGCUGAUUUAGUCUUCCAUCAUAAAUAAGAAAGUAAAAAACCUUGAAAACAGGUGUCACACGGGCAGCACAACUGAGUGUGUAGUUACUGUCGUAUACCUGCUACAGUCAUGGUUUCAUUUGUAAUUCUGUUCAUGUGAGUGAUGAGAAUCAUGAGAAAGUCUUGCUUCAAAUUUCAACAAUAGAAUAUGGUAAAUAGUAUACAUCUGCAUCCCACAGGUGUGAAAGUAGAUGUUAAAUUUUGUGUGGAUGUGACAUACAUCACUAAUAUAUAUACAGUAUACAGUACAUAAUGUACAUUGUUAUAUUCUUCAGUAUGUUCCUGUUACCCUCAGCUUAAUUUCAAUAGCAGUUACUUGAUGUUAAAUUUGUUCUUUGUAUAAAUAAUGUACCAUAUUGUUAGGAACAAUCUGACUGAGCCUUAAAAUACAAUGACAUUGAUGCCAAAUAAGGAAAAAUAUUGUCUUUUAUGCUUAUAACUUUGUAGAAAUUAGUUUAUAUAGUAAAAUUUGUUCUUUCACUUAAAGAAUUCUUAAUUAUCAUAGCCAAAUUCUACCUUAAUUAGGUUAGUUUAAAUUAGUGAUGAUGCAGUUCUUUUAUAGUGUGUGUUGUCUGCCUGAUUGUACUGUACCUACACACAGACCAUUUUAAAUUCAUGCUAUUUCCCAAUAAUCCCAAUUUAGUAUGACAUUCUAUAUAAUACUUUUUUAUGCAAAACUGCAGUGUUUAUAUGGAUGAUCAUAUAGAUAAUCAUGUAAAUGUGAAUAUAUUCUGUGAUACAAUAUAGCUUUUCUUCAUUAAAAAUGCACAAUGCCUUACUCAAUUAG